CUUUAGCGAAUAAUGGAACCAGAUCCCAAUGGGAUAAAAAUAGAGCCCACACUUGACCACCACCAACAGCAGCAGCAGCAGCAAUACGCUCAUGUUCUGGCCAUCAAUGGACCCAACACUCGCCUUCUCAUCGAGCAUCCUUCAGCGCUGUUGUUACCCAUCUCUCAUCAGCAACAACUACAACUUCAGCAGCAACAACAACAGCAGCAGCAGCAGCAACACGUGCAACAUCAGCAACAGUUCCAACAACAACAGCAGCAACAACAACAUCACUUGCAACAGCAACAGGAUCAGUUGCAAUUUCAACAUCAACAGUUGCAACUUACCUUACCCGCCGCCUACACAACACACGCUGCCCCACAACAACAACAGCAGCAGCAGCAGCAACAACAACAACAGCUAAAGCAACAACAACAACAGGCAGGACCACCACCAACCCCAUUGGGACCGACUAGCAGCGGAUCAGCAUCUGUUACCGGGAAUUCAAGCACCACCCACUCCACCCACGGCCAUCAGCAGAGGUGGAACGAGAGCCCCGAGGCACGACAGCGCCGGUUGGCCAGAAAUGCUGAAAGGAUGCGCGAGCGGCGACAGCGCGAAAGCGAGGACGAAUACCGCAAGCGACUGCUACGCAACGCCGAGGCCAAUCGCCAGCGGCGACAAAACGAAUCCGAGAUCGAGCGUGCCAUGCGUCUGGUGCGGAAUGCGGCGCGUCAGCGACUGCGUCGGGCCAUGGAGUCACCGGAUCAGCGUGCCAAGCGUCUGUCCAAGUUGGCGGAAAGGAUGCGAAUGUAUCGGGCGAGUGAAACGGAAGCGCAGCGGAAGAUGCGGCUGGCGGAGAUGGCGGCGAGGGCGCGUCAACGGAUCGCCAAUGAGUCGCUGGAGGAGCGAAAGGAAAGACUGAGAAAGUUGAAUGCCUAUGCGAAAAAGGUCCGGGAAAAGAAGAAGGUAUUAAAGAACGUGGUGGUCCACACACCGGCCACAUCCUCAAGCAGCUCUACUACGGAUCAUCAGCAACAGCAGGUCCUGGCCGUGGCAGCGGCAGCAGCAGCGGCCGCAGCAGCCGCCUCCUCCUCCAACGAGCACACCAUCAAUCUGUCGGACAAUGGAGCCGGUACACCGCAACCGGCCGAGGAGCAACAGCAUUUGGUGGCCGCCACAGCCUAUCAGCAGCAUCAGGCGUUGGAGUAUAUGGGCCAGGGUAUGUUCCUGGCACCGGGCACACUCCGGGCACCGAUGCAACUGAAACAGGAGCCGCAAAUGCCGCAACAACAGUUGCAACAACAGCAACAGCAGCCGCAGCAACAGCAGAGGUAUACCAUUGCCGGGAAUCAGCAACAGGUUGCUCUGUUGGAGGGCAGCGAACCGGGUAGCAUCUUUGUACAGCAGAUCUAUGGCGAGGAUGGUGGCGGCAAGGGCACCACCACAACAACAACAAAGCUCCUGCAGGCGCAUGUACCGCACUUUGGGAUUGCGACGACGGGAGCCGGAGGGCAGCUGGAGCUCUAUCCGCACAAAUAUGCCGCCAAGAAGCAGGAACUUCAGGACAACGAUGCUCCCGGAAGCGGCGACAACAGCGGGUCUGUUGGAUUAGCCCCCAACGAGACCAAGGUGAUCCUGACCACCUCCGACGGCGAACAGAAGAUCCUGAAAGCCACCGCCGGCCAGCCGUUAUAUAAUCAGUUCCCCUACCUUGCCACCUUCCCCAAUGCCACCACCGCCAACCAGGUGGUGGGCGGAGCUGGGCAGCAGGUGACCGGCGCCGGGAUUGUGACCGGAACAACAGCCAGUGGCGGCACCACCACCACCACAGCCUACUAUCCGAUGUAUCACAAUGGCUUCCAGAUCGCCGGAGUUCCGCCACCCUUCACCCCCGUGCAUUUUGCGAAUACCAGUGGCGGGAAUAGUCCUACUGGACAGUACAACAUUCUGGCAGCUGGAAAUCCCACCCUAACAGUCACGGGAUUGGCUCAGCAGGAGCAGGGCCAACAGCAGCAACAGCAACCGCAGCAGCAGCAGCAGCAACAGCAGCAGCAGCAACAGCAACAGCAGCCGGCCCAGGCCAUGGUGGUGCAUCAGGGAAGGGGCAGGCCGCGUAAGCAUCCCGUCGGCCUAAACACCGAGGAGCAGCUGAAGGUGAACAAUCUGCUGGAACAGGAGCUCAACCAGAUGCUGGCAGCUCCACAGCUAGUGACGAGCACACCGCGACGCGGACGACCAAGUCAUCAUCAGCAGCAGCAGCAGCAGCAGCAGCAGCAGCAACAGCAGAACCUAAGCCAGAUCAAUGUACAUUCCACGGCCGAUGGCGAUAGUCAGAGGACGGCAACACCGCGACGCACUGGCCCUAAUAAGUACGAGACGGAGGAGGAGAAGCGCAUCCGGCUGGAUAAGAUGGCGGCCCAUCAGAGAGCGGUGCGAGCGAACGAAACACCCGAACAGCGAGCCAUCCGGCUGCAGAAGCUCAGUGAACGGGCGCGUCUGAAGCGGGCCCAGAUCCGGGCCACCGAGAAUACGGAGGAGCGAAAGGAGCGACUGUCCAAGCAGGCGGAAUACGCACGAAUGCGACGGAUGCGUAGCCAUACGCCGAGGAGUAGUAGUGCCACCAGUACCGAGUUUCAUACCAAAACCGAGGUGGAGGCGGACGAGGAGGAGGAGGAGGAGGUGGCGGCCAAUAACACCACCACGGCCACCAACAGCACGAGCAGCAGCAGCAGCAGCGGCGGCAGCAGUACAACCGAACAGCAGCUAUACGACACCGAAACGGUGGGCAAUCCGGCUGGCGGGGAUUUUGUGACGGUGGUGAAGACGGACACUAGUCCACUGGAUGGCGACGGGUCGGGUGAUGACCAGCAGUUGCCGCCGUUGCAGCUGCAACAGCACGAAUUGCAACAGAUUGCCGGCAGCCUGCAACAGCAUGGACAUCACGAGGCCAUCGUCCUGAAUCAGCAGCAUCGCUUGGUCACCAUCAGUCAUCAGCAACAGCAUCAGGGAUUCGGCAAGCUGCAGUUGGCCGGCGGUAGCAGUGCCGGAGGGCCAAGUGGUGGUGGUGGUGGUGGUGCUGCUGCUACAGGAGGAUCUAACACCACCGGAGCACCGGGAUCUGGAGGUGGGAAUGGCACUGGAGCACCAGAAAACAGCGACAUGCUAAAGAUACUCGAGCCGAUCAUCGUGAUGAAGACCAAAUGAGGAUCGCGGAGGCGUCACAGUCGCCCAACCAGUAACCAGUACCGCUAGCUAGGUAUUAGCUCCGGGGAUGAUGAUGAUGGAGGUGCUGUGGAAGGUGGCAAUGAGGGCGUAGGAUACCCCAGUCCCAGUCCCAGUCCCAGUCCACCUUACCGCAGUUCCGGCCAGUAAUUGCACAAAAGUGAAAGAGAGAGAGAGAGAGAGAGAGAGGAGGCGCGUGUCUAUAGUUACGAAUAAGAUUGUCAAUAUAUAUAUAUUUUUUUUUUUUAAAUCAUAUAUAUAUUUUUUUUUGCGGUUGUAUAAUUUUUUAAUGUGUAUGCGUACAUGUGAACAUGGUACGUGGAAGGAAACCGGAAUCAGAAAGAGAAGAAUUGUAUAAAGUUAAAAAAAAAAAGGAUCAAGUGCAAUAAUUGGAUGCCUGGCAUACCUACCACAUCAUCACCUAUCUACCAUCCAUCCAAAAAUCCAAUCAACCAUCCAUCCAUCCGAAAACCUAGCUAGCCAGUCCAAAAACAUCCCAGAGACUGUGACGCCCCUAGGAAGGUGACGGAAGAAUACAAACCCACAAGAAGAGACAAGGAAACGGAAAAGGAAAAGGACAAGGACAAGGAGAAUGUGCAGAAGCUGGAGCAGCAAGAGCCAAACGGUGAAGCAGAUCAACUAAACCUAAUCCAGAAUAUGUAGCGCGUAAACAGAGCACUAAGUAGUUUUAUGUAUUAACUAUUAAUUUUUUAAAUUAGCAAAAAAGCGAAAAAUAACAAAUAAAUCUAAUAAGACAAA